AUGUCAGAGAUAACAGGUCAAAUGACGCCCCAGACUCUAAUGGCAAUGAGAAGGAUAACGGAUUUGAUGAGAGUCAAGUUGACCCGACACUGAUGGCUAAGUUAAAGCGCAUGAAAGGAGCCUCCAAGUGUGGACAGGGCAGGCAGAAGUAUUCCAGGAGGGCUAAACCCAAGGCUGAGGAAAUGAUGGAGAUUUAUAGCGAGUCACAGAGACUGCUGCGAGACUCUAGGGUCAGCCUACCCUACCACCAGCCUCAGCCUAAGCUUCUGGACGACUUCCUGGCCCGGGCAGCACAGAAGAAACAAGUGUAUGCUGGUUUACAGAAGGCCAGAGAUAUACAGAAAGCACGGGUCAUCAGUGACAGAUUAUCAAUAUCGCCCACUCUCUUAACUUCUGAUAAACACAGAGCAAAGUGUGCUUUUGUCCAAUGUGAGCCACUUGGGAGCACUGCAGAAACUUCACCUAACUGCCAGCUGAAAACUCAAAAUAACAAACAUUCUUCAGUACCAGUGUCUUCAUUUGAAGGCAUCUCAAAAUGUAAAGCUUUGCCUGUUGAGAAAUCUGGCACAGAUAUUGUGGGAAAUGAACAAAAUGAGUUGCCAGAUUUGUGUCUUGUGUCAGCUUCCUGUGAGCCGACAGGCUACUUAUCUGGGCAAAAAUUAGAUAUGAAAUCAGCGGAAAAACAUCAUGCGGAUACUGUGGUUUUAACAGAUGACAUUAGCCAUACAAACAGUAACUAUGCUCCACUUUUACGCAAAGAUCCCUCUAGAGAUUUGUUCAAGUCUCAGAACAGCAUGAUUGAUGAGAACGAACGGCCUCAGAACAUCAUGACUGAGGAGAACGAACGGCCUCAGAACAGCAUGACUGAGGGGAGCGAACAGCCUCAGAACAGCAUGACUGAGGAGAGCGAACAGCCUCAGAACAGCAUGACUGAGGAGAGCGAACAGUCACAGUCUGGCCGGCAGGUUCACAUAUGUGGGACAGCAGACUUUAACUGUACAGUUGAGAACAACAUUAGAGAUGGACAUUUUAGUUGCAUGUGUUUAGAUGCUGGGGAUUCUGCCACUGUUCAUGAAACUGUGUCAGACUCUAGCACCAUAGCAACGCCACUCAGCAGAGCUAGCAGACGCAAGCUGCUGGACAGACUGCAGGGGGUCAGUCUUGCAGCGUCUCCCAGUUUAAGUGCCACACCGGAUGGUAUCAUCUGUCUAGAUGAUGCUGAGCCUGUAUCGGUUGUCAAAGAUGCUGGACUGUUGAAGUUGAUGAAUCGACUAGUCACACAUUCCAUGAAGACAUCUGCCACCCCAGUUGCUGGCAGGUAUGGUCUGUAUAUUGUUUGCCACAACUCAUCACUGUCAUCAGACCUUGUUGCCACAACUCACCACGUCAUCAGCCUUGUUGCCACUACUCAUCGCAUCAUCAGCCUUGUUGCCACAACUCAUCACUGCUACAAGUUAGAACAGUUGAAGCAACAGUUGGGGGUCGGCAUGAAAGAGAAACGAAUUGAAGCCCGACAGAGACGAUAUGAUCAGUUUGCUCUAGAUAAUGAACAAGGCUUUGAGGAAGAGGAGGAAGAAGAACUGGAAUUAGUCGGAUCAGAUACUGAUGAUGAGGAGGAGGAGGUAGAUGAUACAAGGCCAUCAGAUAGUGAUGACGAGGAGGAGGCAGUAGAGGAUGCAAAGUCAUUGGAUACUGGUGAAGAUGAAGGUAAUGACUGCCACAUAAACAUGGAAGCUGAUGAUUCUGAUGAUGAUGAUGAUGAUUUUGCUCUAGAUAAUGAACAAGGCUUUGAGGAAGAGGAGGAAGAAGAACUGGAAUUAGUCGGAUCAGAUACUGAUGAUGAUGAGGAGGAGGUAGAAGAUACAAGGCCAUCAGAUACUGAUGACGAGGAGGAGGCAGUAGAGGAUGCAAAGUCAUCGGAUCUCAUGAUGAGGAUGAAAACCAGGAUGAAAAAAAGGAAUUCACAUUUAUCAAGUUCAGAGGAAGACUGUGGAGAGGACAUUCAGAUAUGUGUAGAUUAUUGUACCAGUUCAGAUAUUUCAAAAUUAUUGUGCCGGUUCAGAUAUUUCAAGAUUAUUGUGCCAUAUGAUAGAGUGCCAUGUGUGGUCAGCGGCCUGGGACAGUGCUCAAGUCAGACAAGUCAACUAACAUCAUUUCUCCAGGACCCUACAAAACAGACUGAUUUCAGGAUAGAGAACUCUGAAUCACCUGAUCUCUACAGCACAAGAAUAGACGAUCAGAAUCUGCACAGUAGAAGUCAGUUGAGCCACUCGGCCGACACAACAAGUCACUUGACCGAGUCAAAUCUCAUCAAGUACCUGGAUGAUGAUGGGUUUAUCAAGAUCAGUCAGACCCAGCAGACGUCAAGGGUAUUCCUGCUGCCACAGACACAGACAGAUGGUACUGCUGAUGCCAGUAAAGUGUUUGAAGGAACCAGUCAGAUGUCUGCAGGUCACAUCUUUCAUGGACUGGCAACGCCAGCAUCAGGCAGGGGGGAGCACCAUGCAGUUAGCUCUGGGCAGAGUUCUGGAACCUUUAUGCAUUGUCUCAUAACUCAUCAAUGCCAUUUCUCUGUCUGCAGCACUUAUCGCAGAAGAGGCCAUGAUCAUGAUGAUGAUGAUGAUGUCAUUGACCCAUUUCAUGUUCUGUCAGAUUCAGAAGAUAAUGUGGCACAAAAAAGUCAGAAG